UUUGUUGACGCAGCUGUCCGCAGAGAUGGAGAGCGCCUUGCGGUCGCAGUAGGGACAUCAGACUUCACACAGACACCGUAAAGCAGAAAUAAACAUCUCUUUGUGUCUUCCGGACCCUCACAGCCUCCAGCGGGGCUCAUGGAGAGCGGAGCCCCGUUUGUCCGCACCGGGCGCACGUUGAUCGGAUGCCUUUCAUCUCAUCAGCGCCGUUAGAUGUUUUCCAUUCAGGAUUAAUUGGUUGACCAAUGGCUCCCAAACAUGCGCUCCUCUCCAGCAGCAGCAGCGCCAAGGUAAACCAGAAAGGAGAAGACCUCAGCUGUCCUCCGCCCCCCGCGGCAUGGAUCCGGGACGCCGGGAUGGUGACCGUCUGCUUGCCGAGGAACAGGAGGAGGACGCGGGCGCUGGAUGGGAUGCUGGCCCGGUGGUUGGUGACCGUCUGCGCGGUGCUGAUGCUGAUGAUGCAGGGCUCCUCGGCUGCUCACGCUGAGGGAGGUCAUCAUGAGUCAAUGAGGCGGCCUGUGUUGCCAGUGGACCCUGCAGUGCCCUCCAACCUUUCGGCCACUCCAGGGAGAGGAGACAGAGCUGUGUCUAAACACAAAGAUGCGACGGAUGGGGCCGAUGCAGGUCCAGGAACCGGACCUCAAGCUAGGCCUGAGGGAAAAGUUUUUGCCGAAGCCAGAACAGCAGUUUGGACUGAAACUGAAGCAGGGGUGCGCACUGCAGCAGACGGUAAAGUCUAUGCUGAGGCCGGGACAAUGACUGGAACCAGCACUUGGACUGAAGUCGGGGCCAAAUGGAGUCCAUCGGGCUCAGUGGGGGAUCUGCCAAGUGUGUCCAGGGACCCCGCCGCCUGGCUCGGACGACAGACGCGUGGAGAGGCCCAAAGAGAAAAGGCCGCCUUCUCAUCAGUCCUCACCGUGUUGGCAGAGACGGCCGAGCUGCAGGUGCCAGAGCUGCCCAAACCUUUAGGACUGCUGUCGAAAGCUUCUUGGACCAAAGGUUCCUCUUCAUCGUUAUCCAAGGCCUCCUCCUCUUCGUCCUCCUCUACGACAAAAACAACCCCUUCGCCUUCUUCCUCCUACUCUACGUCCACUUCUCCAGCCAGCAGCACAGACAGUCAGACAGCAGCAUCACAAACAGUCUCCCCGGGUGUCGUCAGCAGCAACUCCUCCUCCAGCAACAGCAGCUUCAGUUUGGAUGAUCCAGUGAGCAGCCUUCCAGCCUGGGACCUCCCCACUGUCCCUGAGUCCCUCCUAUCCACAGUGGGCGACCACGACAUCACACUUCCCGCCAACGUCACCAGCCCUUUCUCCACCCACCAAUGGAACACCACCAUGCCCGUGCGCACCAGAAACACCUCAAAGCAAACCAUUUCCACCACCACCGUAACCACGACUCUACCGCCGACCACCACAUCGACGCCCGCUUUACUGCUAUCCACCACAGCUGGAGCACAUAUGCAACCAGAAUCCACCACGGCUUCACGCGCCCCUGCCACCGCCACAAGCCAGGACACUGUGACCAGCAAUAGCCUUCAUCUGACAACAGUAACCGUAACGACACCCUCAAUGACCACUCUUACUGUGAACGCCUCUGAGAAGACAACAAAUGCGGUAGCGACUACGAGCAAUGUGACAGCGCCAUUGAACACCACCGAUGCCACAACUGUGCACCAGACGACAACCCUUGAACUGACGACUGCAGCUACAACUCAACCUCCAACCACCACCACCACCACAACCACACCUGCCCCAACUACCACUACCACAACCACUAUCCCACCCACUACUACCACCACUGCUGCUCCAACCACAACUACACCUGCAACUACGACUGCACCCCCUACAACGACUACCACCACCACGACCACCACCACAACCACCACAACGAAGGCACCUUCAACUACUGUGUUCAUCCAAACCACACCGCCCCCAACCACAACCACAGAGCCACCUUCCAGUACCGUCAUCGAAGAAAGUUCUCUACCAUGUAACAUCACUGAGAAGUACUGGGUCAAAACAGUUCUGUCCAUUGAGCUGCGCAGAAACCGCUUGGACCUGAUCCUGAAACAGAACCUGUCCAAAGGACUGAGCCAUGCUCUACAAAGAGCUCUCAAUGACUCCACUGCAUAUGCACAGGUGGAACAUGAUGUGUGCGGUUCCCACAAUGUGACGUUGGGUUACUAUGUGGCCAGCGGUAAAACUGUCUACAUUUCAUCUGUGGUGGUCGAAGCGCUGAAUGUAUACGGAUUCGACAAGCUGCUGUCGGACAUCAGACAGCACACACCCCUGAUUAAGGCAGUCCUGGUUCCUGUGGCAACCUGGGUGCCUGUUCCGAGCAUUCACCUGCAGCUAAAAACAGUGCUGAGGUUUGUGGGCCCGACAGACAACAUCUACUCCUGCAGUUUCGUCCAGAUGUUGGAGCAAAGGUUGGAGAAUGCCUUCGACGAGGCUCAGGACAAAGUGCUGGAGACAUACAACAGGCUCACUGUCGAGAUCCAGAGUGUUUCCCAGGACCCGGGCUCUCCGUCUGUCACCCUGGUGUAUGUGGUGAAGAACCAGGAUGCGAUUCUUAACGGCACCAUCUCCAGUGGCCUUCUCAGCCAGCUGACCGCUGAGCUGGUGGGCUACUUCCUGUUCUACCCGCCCCUCAUCAUUGCUGAGCCAUUGGAAUACCAUAAUCUCAACACGUCCACAGCGACCAAGAACUACUGGGUGAUAACAGUGAUCCAAGAUGUGGACAGCUCCUCCCUGGAGGCCAACUACCAGAGCUUUGCUAGUCUUAUGGAGCAGAGGCUGGCUGAGCUCUUCUUGGUGGCUGGCAGGCAGGGGUCUCGGACAGCGCGGUCCCGGCGGGCCACCACUGUCGGUGGCUACACAGUGCAGAUGGUCAGUAUGCGUCGCCUCCCUGGCCCGAAGAACCCAGCGGAGAUGACCUACUACGCCCAGCUCAACGGAGCUCCCAUGACUGGAACCAGCGCUGCCAAAACCCUCAGCAGUCUGGACUCUCAGACCAUGGCUCUGACCCUCGGAUACUUCGUACAAGUGCAGGCUGAACCUGUGGUAAAGACUCCGCCCAGUAACCUGUGGAUCAUGGCUGUUCUGACGCCGCUCUUCCUGCUGCUGGUGGUGAUCGGCAUGGUGGCCUUCAUCCUGUGUAAGAGGAACAGGGUCAUCUUCAAAACCGGCGCCUUCAGAUCCUUCAAAACUCGCUCCAAGACCUCAUAUCGAAGAGAGGGCAGUUACCAUCACCAGCCGGUCCAAGGUUUCGACUACGCCAAGAAGCACAUGGGUCGGACGGGUGAUGAAGCCGUCUCUGUUACCAAGGAGACGCUGGUGCUGGGGCUGCCUGUAAGAGACGCUCCACUGUCGAUGUCUUUGGACAAGAAAGUCCAUCAGGAUGGAACUGCCAACAAGAGGCCUCCAUCUGCUGACAUACACAAAGGAGGACGGUUGCCAAGCGAGGAAGACGGCUCCGUAUCGAGUAACGGUUCCGGGAAGCUCAACACAAGCAAAAGCUCCUCGGCCCGGAGAACGGCGACCGGUAGCAGCACCAAGAAUGGCAAAGAGGAGCUGCACAAGAGGAACGAUCCGUAUGAAGAUCAUUCAGGCUCUCUGCGUCUCAUCACCAUUAAACCAAUGACAGCUCAGCCAACCUACUCCUACCCCUCCUCCUCUUCUCACAGCCAAGACUCUGUGGUCCUCAAUGGGGAGGCCAACCAUGGAGGGCUGAAGCAGAAGUCGGACAUCGAACACUACAGGAAUAAACUGCGUCAGAAAGCCCGAAGGAAGGGCUACGGAGAGUUCUCACUGUCUGAGACUGGGAGUCACGGAUACAGUCACCGUGACACCAGGCACAGUCGCCACGACAACGGGGUCAAGGAACCAAUGACUGCUGAGGAGAAGAGGGCCUCGUUCGCAGGAUGUCACAAGAGGUACUCCCACCCACGGGAACCCACUUACUGGAGCAGGCAGUCCCUGAGCAGCCCCAGCCCAGUGGAGACGGAGAUGGACCUCCUGGUGCUGAGAGAGAGAUCCAGGAGGGGCAUCCGCAACAACGGCUACGACGGAGAACCAGAACCGUUUGAGGAGACCAACGUGGACCGUCUGAUGAGCUCUCUGGGUUACGGGGGCGGAUCUACCGGCACCGGGAACGGCAGCCUGGGGGUGAAAGCUCACCGCGGCUCCGACUCCUCCACACUCAGCUCUCAGCCGUCCAUUGACGAGGUCCGCACACAGAUGCAUAUGUUGCUAGGCAACGCUUUCAGCCUGGCACCUCCGGACCACGACCCGCCUUCCCCUCCGACUAACAGCCGCCACCAUCACCACCACCACGCCCACAGCGCCUACAACCCGUCCCACACCAAUCACUAUAGCGAUGGGGUCACCAGCGCACCGGGGACCAUGAACCACCCCUGUGGAGGCAGGCAGAGGAGUCUGGGCUACGAGGACAUGCACCAGUGUAGCCUCCCCAAACCGGGUUUCCGGUUCACCCAGCUUCCUGACAUGGGCAUUGGAUCUCCCCCGCCACUGAUCCCCUCAAGGCCAGGACCACCACCUGGGACCUCGCUACGACGUUCCACUCCUGAUGUGAGUCUCAAGCCCCGUGUGUCGGAGGCGUCGGAGCUGCAGGUCCAGCAGCACAACGGCGCCCCCUACCUGCCGCUGUCCAGGACCCCGUUCCCCGCCGUCACUGUCGAUCAGUCCAUCACCACCUACUCAGGAAACCCAAUAACAGCAGUCUACGCUAUUUCAGCCAACCGCCCAGGAUACUCGGAUUACUUCGUCAUGUCACCGCCGUCGUCGUACCGCAGCCCGUCCUGGAUGUCCUACCCCCCUGAGCCUGAGGACCUGCCCCGGCAGUGGAAUGACACACCGAACUCUCGUCACCUUGAAACCAUCUGCUGAAGUCGUCUGCCCAGGACACUGAGUGGAAACAGCUCAUUACUUGGUGUCUCUUUGGAUGGGCAGAAGGCUUCCCUCCAACUGAAAACUCUCUGGAGCUUUCCUCCUGCUCCUCCUCCUCUUUGACUUCAGCUUCCUCUUCCUCCCGUCUGAUUCGUUCAUCACAGCGCGCCCCUCUUGCCUCCCGCUUUAUUCCCGGCUCCCCUCUCUUUUCUCGGGCGGCCUGGCUCUCGUUCUUCUCCUCUUUCAGGCCGCUUCAUGUGCAGUUCAAAGCCUCCGUCAUCCUCCAGCCUCAGCUCUAUAAGCCCCGUCACCUGCUCUCAGCUCUGCUUCAAUCCUCCUUACCAAAUGCAAAUGCUCAGCCAUGAUCCUGUCUCUGUCUGUAUUCUCUCUCUGCUCCCUGAGCCCCUGGCCUCGGUGGCCCUUUUGAGCCCCCCCCCCCCGUCCUCCUCCGGGCCCCGAGUCACCAUCUCUAAGUAGACUGCCUCUUCUGUGGUGACGAGCACUGCGCAGCGAAUGGAUCCUCACACUGCUGAACUGAGCUGAGCCGUGCCGUGCUGUGCCACGCAGCCCUGCCCUGCCGUGGAUGAACAGGGUGAGUCCAGUGCAGCCACAUGCAGUGUGACAAGGCCGACCUUACUCCUCUGCCCCAGCAAAUCAUAGUACAGUAACUGCCAUCUGCCCAGCACACGACGGCACACAGCGCUGCGUUAUCAGUACGGUAGUGCCCCAGCCAUUUGGCCAGUAGUCUACUCUGGACUGGACUGGACCAUCCUGGACUUGUCCCCCUUAAAGGUCCACCACAAAGCCAGGAUAGCUGGACUGACUUUAAACUGUGCUUUUUUUGAUGAAUCCAAAAUUCCGAUGUAAACCUUCUACAGCUGGUUAAUAUGUGUAUUUUAAACUUAAGUGAAAAAAAAAAAAACCCAUAUGGAAAAAGGAAAAAAAAAAAAAUUCUCUUGUCUUGAGCUGUCUCAAUUUCAGUUUUUGGAUAUUUGUGUGCUUCGUCUUUUACUUUUGUGCAUUGAUUAUUAUCAAUGGAUUACUGUACAAAAAAGACCUAGUGAGUGUUUUCUCUUUCACUCGCUUUAUUUCAAGGCAAAAAAAUUCUUUAAAAGCAGAGAAAUCGGUGGCUUAGUUGUCUGUGGUUAUGAUGGCAUUUCUGUAUUUUUAAAAGAAUUUCUUCGUUUACCUUUUUCCUUUAUCAGAUUCAACGACAAAAACAAAAGUACGUCACUGUGUUCUGUCAAUCAUCGGAUUAGGACAUUUUUUGUCUGCUAACCAUUUAGGCAGAUCUGGGU